AUGGCACCCAGCCGAGGUCCCUCCGCUCCGCCAAAGAACCCCCAUUUCCAAACUCCUUCAGCACCCCCCUCCCCCCCACCUCCCUUCAGCAACAACAUGGCAUCAACCACUCAAUCCCAACCUCAAACCAUCGACCUCUCCUCCCUCCCCACGGCCCAACUCAACAACGUGAAAAACCAGCUCACGCAAGAACUGCAGCAUAUGACAACAUCAUUCAGUCGGCUCAAGGCCGCGCAGGGGAAGUUCAGGGACUGUGGCGUCAGUGUUCGGGAUGGGUUGGGGAGAGAUGAGGGCACACCCAUCCUCGUCCCUCUGACACCCUCACUCUACGUCCCCGGCAAACUGGCAUCUACAGAUGCGGUCCUAGUGGAUAUCGGAACGGGCUUCUACGUUGAGAAGACACCACCAGCUGCGCGCGAGUUCUAUUCACGGAAAGUCGAGGAGCUGGGGAGGAACCUGCAGGAUCUUGAGAGGAUCGUGCAGGGGAAGCAGGGGAAUUUGAGUGUUGUCGAAGAUGUUUUACGACAGAAAGUAGUUAGCGAAAGCAGCAAUAGUGGAGACGACGGUGGCACGUGA